AUGCAAACAUCCAUAGUGGACGAAACUUCGAAUGUGUGGAGCAACUCGUUGCCUCCAAGCAAAGAAAUCGUCUCCAUUUCUUCAGAGCACUCACCUAGAAAGCACAGAAAUGGAUUGUUUCACACGCAGCAUGAUCCAAACUCGAAUUCAGAGAGUGGGGAAGAGGAUUCGGAUAAUGCUUCGCAAUCAGUGGUUUUAGAGGUGAAGAAUGCUCACAAAACUUAUCUUCUUGGACUGGAGGGCGUUCCAGCAAUUCGAGGAGUGGAUCUGUGUGUCCACCGAGGUGAAUUCGUUAUCAUCGUGGGCAAAUCAGGCUCUGGAAAGAGUUCCCUGUUGAACAUCCUCGGAACUGUCGAUAGUCCCACCCGGGGAGAGCUCUCCAUCGCAGGAUAUACAUUCCAUGACAAAGUGAGCGAUCGAAUCGUGUCCCAGAUUCGAUUAAAUGCUAUCGGGUUCGUCUUCCAGACAUUUAACCUUAUUCCUGGAAUGACCGCAGCGCAAAACAUCGAGCUCCCCUUGAUUCUGAAGGGCGAACUCACACGCAGUCAGCGUCGUGAAGCCGUCGACGAGCUGCUUCAGCGUGUAGGAAUGGCAGAGCGCCGAGAUCACUACCCAUCGCAGCUCAGCGGAGGCGAGCAGCAGCGUGUUUCAAUCGCUCGCGGACUGGCGAACAGUCCAGACUUGCUGUUACUGGAUGAGCCAACGGGAGAUUUAGACACGUUGAACACAAUUCGAAUAAUGAAUUUGCUUGGCGAGUAA